GAGAGAGAGGAGAGAGAGAGAGAGAGAGAGAGAGAGAGAGAGAGAGAGAGAGAGAGAGAGAGAGAGAGAUCAGGGGCCCCCUUGUACCAUUCAUUUUCAGAGCAAGGAGCACAGCAUUGGUCAACGCCUGUGAAAAAACACAAACAAAAAACUGCCUGGGAACAGACGAACACACACCACUCAGAAAAAGAGAGAGCAGGGGAAGGAGAACAAGCCAGUAGGAAGACCACGAGAGAAGGUUGAGAGCACACUGCAAGAUCUUUUAAGGUUGAACUUAGCAAAAAAAAAAAAAAAAAAACUCCGUGCCCUAGCUUGUGUUUGUGAAAUCCGACGGAGUGCAUUUGCUGCACGUUUUACUGAAUGGAGUUGAAUCCACGAGGAGAUUGCUGAGGAGACUGAAUUUCUGACCAGCUUCAAACAGACUGAAGCUUCUAUCAGCAGAGGAUUCAACCCUCAUAGACUGAAGAUGCUACGGGGGCUGUUCAACCAGCGAAGGCUGAAACACGAGCGACUGGAAGAGGAAGUGGAGGUGCGAUUCAAAGGGAAGCUGGUCUCUGAGAAAGAGCUGGGCUACACGCAUGUGCAGCCGGGAGGCUCCAACUACUCCAGUCCGUCGUUGGCUCCGGUUGCCAGUCUGAAUGAGGAUGAGCAUGUGGGGGGUGGGGUGCUGGGUCUUGCAGCUGAACACAUUCCCACCCCUGGUGCCCCCCUCAGCUGGCAGGCAGCCAUUGACGCGGCACGACAGGCCAAGCUGAUGGGCACCACUGGAGCCCCAAUUUCCACUGCGAGCUCCACGCAGCGCAAACGGCAGCACUACACCAAACCCAAGAAACAGGCCAGCACUGCCUCCACGCGCCCACCCCGAGCCCUUCUCUGCCUCACUCUUAAAAACCCCAUUCGCAGGGCGUGCAUCAGUAUCGUGGAAUGGAAACCGUUUGAAAUCAUCAUUUUGAUGACAAUUUUUGCAAACUGUGUGGCCUUAGCUGUCUACAUCCCUUUCCCUGAGGACGAUUCCAACGCAACCAACUCCAACCUGGAACGGGUGGAGUAUCUCUUUCUGAUAAUUUUUACGGUGGAAGCGUUUCUGAAAGUAAUUGCGUACGGGCUGCUGUGUCACCCGAAUGCAUACCUGCGGAAUGGCUGGAACCUGUUGGAUUUCAUCAUUGUGGUGGUAGGGCUCUUCAGUGCAAUAUUAGAGCAGGCCACUAAAGGGGAUGGUGGGACUUCAAUGGGUGGCAAGGCUGCAGGCUUUGAUGUAAAAGCUCUGCGCGCCUUUAGAGUGUUGAGACCUCUGAGACUCGUCUCUGGAGUACCUAGUUUACAGGUGGUGCUGAACUCUAUCAUUAAAGCCAUGGUUCCCCUCCUGCACAUCGCUCUGCUUGUUCUGUUUGUCAUUAUCAUUUAUGCCAUCAUCGGCCUCGAGCUCUUCAUGGGCAAGAUGCACAGAACCUGCUUCUUCUUCAGAGAUGGACACAAAGGUCCUAUAGCUGAGAAGAAGCCGGCCCCCUGCGCCCCAAGCUCUGCACAUGGACGACACUGCUCGCCUCCCAACAUCACGCAGUGCAUGAUGGGUUGGGAGGGGCCAAAUGAUGGAAUCACAAACUUUGAUAACUUUGCAUUUGCCAUGCUUACUGUGUUUCAAUGCAUCACAAUGGAGGGCUGGACAGAGGUCCUGUACUGGGUGAAUGAUGCUGUAGGGAAUUCCUGGCCGUGGCUUUAUUUUGUCACUUUAAUCAUCAUUGGCUCCUUUUUUGUUCUUAAUUUGGUUCUUGGUGUUCUGAGCGGAGAGUUCUCAAAAGAGCGAGAAAAGGCCAAAGCUCGCGGUGAUUUCCAGAAGCUCCGUGAGAAACAGCAGCUGGAGGAGGAUCUAAAGGGCUACCUGGACUGGAUCACACAGGCAGAGGAUAUCGACCCUGAGAAUGAUGAUGAAGGACUGGACGACGACAAGCCGAGAAAUCUGAGUAUGCCAGCUAGUGAAAAUGAGUCAGUGAACACUGAUAAUGCCCCAGCCGGAGAUAUAGAAGGAGAAACAUGCUGUACUCGCAUGGCAAAUAGGAUCUCCAAAUCCAAAUUCAGUCGUUAUUCUCGGCGGUGGAAUCGGUUAUGUCGGCGAAAGUGCCGUGCAGCAGUGAAGUCGAACGUAUUUUACUGGCUGGUGAUUUUCCUGGUAUUUUUGAACACACUAACCAUUGCCUCUGAGCACCACCAACAGCCGGACUGGCUCACCAAUGUACAAGAUAUUGCCAAUAAGGUGUUGCUGGCUCUCUUCACCGGUGAGAUGCUGCUGAAGAUGUACAGCCUGGGCCUACAGGCCUAUUUUGUCUCCCUUUUCAAUCGCUUUGACAGUUUUGUGGUGUGUGGCGGCAUUCUGGAGACCAUUCUGGUGGAGAUUAAGAUCAUGUCACCCCUCGGCAUCUCUGUUCUGCGCUGUGUCCGUCUGCUUCGCAUUUUCAAGAUCACCAGGUACUGGAAUUCUCUCAGUAAUCUGGUGGCCUCUUUGCUGAACUCAGUGCGUUCGAUCGCUUCCCUGUUGCUGUUGCUCUUCCUCUUCAUCAUCAUCUUCAGUCUGCUGGGAAUGCAGCUCUUUGGCGGCAAGUUCAACUUCGAUGAGACGCGUCGCAGCACCUUCGAUAACUUCCCCCAGUCUCUCCUCACUGUCUUUCAGAUUUUGACUGGAGAAGAUUGGAACUCUGUGAUGUAUGAUGGCAUCAUGGCGUAUGGAGGGCCUUCCUUCCCUGGCAUGCUAGUCUGUAUUUAUUUCAUCAUCCUCUUCAUUUGCGGAAACUACAUCCUCCUGAAUGUCUUCUUGGCCAUUGCCGUGGACAACCUGGCAGAUGCUGAGAGCCUGACAUCAGCACAGAAAGAGGAAGAGGAGGAGAAAGAGAGGAAGAAGCUGGCCAGAACGGCCAGUCCAGAGAAACGCCAGGACUCUGAGAAACCUCCGCUGGAGGAUGAAAAGAAAGAGGAGAAGAUUGAGCUAAAAUCCAUCACCUCAGACGGAGAAAUGCCAACUGCCACCAAGAUUAACAUGGAUGAAUACACAGGUGAAGAAAAUGAGGAGAAGAAUCCAUAUCCUGUGAAUGAUUUCCCAGCAGGAGAGGAUGAUGAUGAGGAGCCAGAGAUGCCAGUGGGUCCUCGUCCGCGACCACUUUCAGACAUUCAGCUGAAGGAGAAAGCUGUCCCCAUGCCAGAGGCCAGAGCUUUCUUUAUUUUCAGCCCGUCUAACAAGUUCAGGGCUUUUUGUCAUAAGAUUGUAAACCACAACAUCUUCACCAAUUUAAUCCUUUUCUUUAUACUGCUGAGCAGUAUUUCACUGGCAGCCGAGGACCCAGUGAAGAAUGACUCAUUCAGGAAUCAGAUUCUAGGCUAUGCAGAUUAUGUGUUUACAGGAAUCUUCACCAUAGAGAUCAUAUUAAAGAUGACAGCGUAUGGAGCGUUCCUACAUAAGGGAUCAUUUUGUCGGAAUUAUUUUAAUAUUCUGGAUCUGGUGGUGGUCAGUGUGUCUCUGAUCUCCUCUGGGAUUCAGUCAAGUGCCAUUAAUGUAGUGAAGAUUCUCAGAGUGCUGAGAGUAUUGAGGCCCCUGAGAGCAAUCAACAGAGCCAAGGGCCUCAAACACGUGGUCCAGUGUGUGUUUGUAGCCAUCCGCACCAUAGGGAAUAUCGUCAUCGUCACCUCUUUGCUGCAGUUCAUGUUUGCCUGCAUUGGUGUUCAACUCUUUAAGGGAAAAUUCUUCUCCUGCUCAGACACCUCAAAACAAACACAGGCAGAGUGCAGGGGGUCCUACAUAGAGUACAAAGAUGGGAAUGUUGGCAAGCCAGAGAAAGCUCAGCGUUUAUGGGAAAACAGUGAUUUCAACUUUGAUGACGUCCUAAAGGGCAUGAUGGCUCUGUUUGCCGUGUCCACCUUCGAGGGUUGGCCAGGACUGCUCUACAGAGCCAUAGACUCCCAUGCUGAGGAUGUCGGCCCAAUCUACAACUACCGCGUGAUCAUCUCCAUAUUCUUCAUCGUUUACAUCAUCAUCAUCGCCUUCUUCAUGAUGAACAUAUUCGUAGGUUUCGUCAUUGUGACAUUUCAGGAGCAAGGAGAGCAAGAGUACAAAAACUGUGAGCUGGACAAGAACCAGCGUCAGUGUGUGGAAUAUGCCCUGAAGGCCCGCCCCCUGCGCAGAUACAUCCCUAAGAACCCAUAUCAGUACAAAGUUUGGUACGUGGUAAACUCCACCUACUUUGAGUACCUGAUGUUCACCCUCAUCCUGCUCAACACCAUCUGCCUGGCCAUGCAGCAUCAUGGUCAAUCUCAGUCCUUCAACAAAGCCAUGAAUAUCCUGAAUAUGUUAUUCACCGGUCUCUUCACUGUGGAAAUGAUCCUCAAACUCAUCGCCUUCAAACCCAGGGGUUACUUUAGUGACCCCUGGAAUGUUUUUGACUUCCUCAUCGUAAUUGGCAGCAUUAUAGACGUCAUUCUGAGUGAGAUCAACGGCUUCCAAAACACUGAAGAUAACGCCAGGAUUUCAAUCACAUUCUUUCGGCUGUUCCGAGUGAUGAGACUGGUGAAGCUCCUGUCUCGGGGAGAGGGCAUUCGGACUCUGCUCUGGACCUUCAUUAAAUCCUUUCAGGCUCUUCCCUAUGUUGCUUUGCUUAUCGUAAUGCUAUUCUUCAUAUAUGCCGUCAUUGGAAUGCAGAUGUUUGGUAAGAUUGCCCUGAGGGACAACACCGAGAUCAACCGCAACAACAACUUUCAGACAUUUCCACAAGCUGUUCUGCUGCUCUUCAGGUGUGCCACAGGGGAGGCAUGGCAGGAAAUCAUGCUGGCCUGUAUGCCAAGCCGUCCAUGUGACAAGGGGUCAGAGAUCGGCCCUGCCAGUGAUGACUGUGGCAGCCACUUUGCCAUCUUCUACUUUGUUAGCUUUUAUAUGCUUUGUGCCUUCCUGAUCAUUAACCUCUUUGUAGCAGUCAUCAUGGACAACUUUGACUAUUUAACACGUGAUUGGUCGAUUCUGGGUCCACAUCACCUGGAUGAGUUUAAGAGGAUAUGGGCGGAAUACGACCCUGAAGCCAAGGGUCGGAUAAAGCACUUGGACGUGGUGACUUUACUGCGCAGAAUUCAGCCUCCCCUCGGAUUUGGAAAACUUUGCCCACACAGAGUGGCUUGCAAGCGACUUGUGUCGAUGAACAUGCCUCUCAAUAGUGACGGAACAGUGAUGUUCAAUGCAACUCUAUUUGCCCUAGUCAGGACAGCCCUGCGUAUCAAGACUGAAGGUAACCUGGAGCAAGCGAAUGAAGAGCUCAGGGCCAUCGUGAAGAAGAUCUGGAAGAGGACAAGCAUGAAACUGCUGGACCAAGUUGUCCCCCCUGCUGGAGAUGAUGAAGUAACGGUGGGGAAGUUCUAUGCCACAUUCCUGAUUCAGGAAUACUUCAGGAAAUUUAAGAAACGCAAGGAACAGGGCCUGGUGGCCAAAAUUCCUCCAAAGACUGCUCUUUCUUUGCAGGCUGGCCUGCGUACACUGCAUGAUAUGGGUCCAGAGAUCAGACGAGCGAUAUCAGGAGACCUGACGGUGGAGGAGGAGCUGGAGAGAGCCAUUAAGGAAACCGUGUGUACUGCCUCCGAGGAUGAUAUCUUCAGGCGGUCUGGCGGCCUCUUCGGUAACCACGUCAACUACUACCACCAGAGUGAUGGCCACGCAUCCUUCCCACAGUCCUUCACAACACAAAGACCGUUACACAUCAGCAAGUCCGGGAGCCCCGGGGAGGCCGAAUCUCCCUCUCAUCAGAAGCUUGUCGACUCUACCUUUACUCCGAGCAGUUACUCUUCCUCAGGAUCCAACGCAAACAUCAACAAUGCCAACAACACCAGCAUUGGACAUCGGUACCCUAAACCUACUGUCAGCACAGUGGACGGAUACACUGGACCACCUCUUGCAACCAUCCCACUGCCACGGCCCACAUGGUGCUUUCCUAACAAAAGGAGCUGUUUCUAUGACACUUUCAUGUGCUCUGAUUCCAGUGACAGUCGUCUCCCUAUAAUACGGCCAGAGGAAGUGUCUACAGACGAGACAUAUGAUGAAACAUUUCUUGAUGAGAGACAUCAGGCCAUGCUCUCAAUUGACUUGUUGGAGUUUCAGGAUGAAGAGAGCAAGCAAUUGGCUCCUAUGGUGGAGGUGGAUGUGGGAGAGGAGAGGAGGCUGACUCCACGGAGAAGGACAUUUCUCUGUCCCACUGCACUGGGUCGACGGUCUUCCUUUCACUUGGAGUGUCUGAGAAAGCAGAGCAGAGCUGAUGUUUCUCAGAAGACAGCACUACCACUGCACCUAGUACAUCAUCAGGCUUUGGCUGUGGCAGGUUUGAGUCCCCUACUAAGACGGAGUCAUUCUCCAACUUUGUUCACACGUCUGUGUUCCACACCCCCUGCAAGUCCGAGCAGCCGUAGCGGGGGAGGGCCUUGCUACCAGCCAGUUCCGUUUCUCCGGUUAGAGGGCAACGGAUCAUAUGAGAAGCUCAACAGCAGCAUGCCGUCUGUGAACUGCAGUUCGUGGUACAGCGACAGUAACGGCAACCACAGCGGGGGAGUGCAGAGGACGCAGCGACCUGUAUCCCUCACAGUUCCUCCAAUCACACGCAAAGACUCCAUAUCCUUAGCCCACGGGAGCGCCGGCAGCCUCGUGGAGGCGGUAUUGAUAUCUGAGGGUUUGGGUCACUAUGCACAGGAUCCCUCCUUCAUCCAGGUAGCGAAGCAGGAACUUGCAGACGCCUGCGACAUGACCAUGGAGGAGAUGGAGAACGCUGCUGAUAACAUUCUCAAUGCCAAUGCCCCACCCAACACCAACGGAAACCUGCUACCCUUCGUACAGUGCAGAGACACUGGUUCACAGGAGUCUCAUUGCAGCCACGCACUGGGUCUCUCCACUGCCACAGAGCCAGAUGAACUGCUGGGGGCAGAGUUAGACCACUCUGAGGGGGCAGGGCAGCGGAACAGCGCCCUGAUGGAGGACGAGGACAUGGAGUGUGUGACAAGUUUGUAGGGGGAACAACAGCACAGAGGACUUCCUGUGUCUUAGCCUAGCUCUCUCCGAGGACACUGCUGUCCUGCAGUCUGACCAGUCUGUUGCGUGUACCUGCCGUAGGGGUAUAAGGCCAUUCUGCUUCGCUGAGACCGAGUUGGGUUUUAGUUCUUCUGUGUGUUUGCGAGAGCACGAGCUAGUAGGCGUGUGUACAUGUUUGUGUGUGUUUCUAAAGUGCCUCACAGUUCUCACAACCUUGAUUAAGGGAUUGCAGUAAGGAAGAAAUGAAAAACCCUAACUGAGCAGGGGAUGAAGGGAAAAGAUGUGCUCUUGCUCACUGAGUGGGAUCUGUUUACCGGUGUGCACCUGUGGGCUUGUUCUCAGUGGUGAACAGAGUGAGUUUGUGCUGACUUGUGUGUGGUGGAAGUCACCUUUAAGACUCAACGGCCCCUCCUCCUCUCCUGCAGUUCUUCGGCGUGGCUGUGUGGUGCUGAGCAGGUGUCGGGAAUUUUCCGUCCAGGGGCUGUCACAGGUUCGAGAAAAUUCUGGACAAACUGGAGUGGUAAAGCCCACUCAGACACAUUAGCAACUCUUUUGUCCUUGCUCUCUCUCCUUUUACGGGGCUGUCCAUCCAUUCUUCAGAAGUGUCAUUUGCAACCACCCCCAAAUCACUUUUCUCCUUUUACAAAUUUAUUUUUCUUUUUAUGAGUUUUGCUGCUUUUUUAAUUCACGAUUUCUACCCGUAAUUCUCUGGUUUAGCCUGCACAUAGCUUUUCUGUUAUCAGUAGAAAGACUGAACUCCCAGAAUUUCUCUCUUGUGUACCGGUAUGGCUUUCAGGUAGCUGUUAGCUGUGAAAAAUACAGGUCAUUGCAUCAGUAGCCUGCUUCGGUAUUCUGCCAUUUUUAGUUCCUUUUUUCCAGUUUUGGGUACUUGUGACAUUGUUUUUCUUGGACUGCACACUGAUGGAUGCUGAUUUUUUUGUUUUGUUUGUUUUUUCCUAAAUUAUUAAUAUUAUUGAAGGCAUUCAAGAAGUUUAUACCGGAUGCAGUGUUGCUAAUGCCUCUUACAGACAACAUGUUAUUUAUUUAUUUAUUCCUAUCAGAGGUGAAGCAUGUUCGGAGGUGUUCAGUCUCUCUCUCAUGAUGUUUAUUGGUAGCUCACAAGCUUUUAAUGAGCAGUGUAACUUACCUGGAUGCAGGUAGCACUGGCAGGUCUCAUGGUUUCCCUUGCUGCUGUUGGAUUGGACUCAUGUUUGUUCUGAAACUACUGACGUUUCUUCACUGCUGAUCUACAGAAACAUUCAGUUGACAGGGCGUUAAUGAAACAUUGCGAUUCUGUCAAUGACCCCACCUGCUCCACACAGGAAACAGCAGAGCUUCUGAAGGUCAGUAAAGGUGCACUUUGAGGAGAGAGAGGGUGGAGUUUUCAGGGAUGUCUGGGUAGCGUAUCAGUUUAAAAACUCUAAUGUAGUUCACACAGGGCUAAAUAUAUUACCAUAAUAUCAACUCAUUAUGAAAGUACCAACAUCAGCAGUGUCAUUAUACAAUGUUAUUAAUUACAAUUAUUAUUAUUACUGUUAUUGUUAAGAAUAUUUUUUUCGCUGCGUUUAGCACUGUAUCCAUGCAGUUCAGCGCACACACACAUACACAGAACUAUUUUUUGAUCUAUUAUGCAAAUAAGAUGUUGAAGUGUCAGUAUUGUGUUGGUAAUGUGUAAACGGUAUGGAAGGCAUCCACUAAACACAUCCACAAAUGUAAAACCUGACCAAUCCGCUUCCAGGAGUCUUUCUGUCUGUGCCACACACUAGACUGGGUUAGGAGUUAUGUCACCGUUUUGCACACUUCUUCAGAAUAUGAUUAUAUGAAUCUUUCUUUCCGUAUAUGAAUAGAUAAUAUACUGGGGUUUUGUUCCAGGUCUUGGACAUUGAAAUCCUGAAUUACAUACAUACCUUAGAUUUCUUUCACCGGUCCUGUGCAUUUGGUUGUGAAUGAGUUCCUGAAUGUUUGCAGGAAAUCUCUGCUCUGAAGAUAAUGCAAAACUUGUGAAAAAAAAAAAACCAUGAAAAAAUGUAGCUAGAACCCACCUGCUCUGUUCCAAAGCCACCACUUACACCACCACACUCUCAUAUCUCCAAACACACGUGCCAUGUGUCAUUGUGAGGCUGCCCCAGGAAUAUUUUGAGGCCUUGGUUGUGUAUGUGUGUGUCUGAAUCCAUGUUUAGUAUAUGCAGAGUGCGGAACCGAGUGCGUAUGUGUGCAAGUAUGCAUGAGUGGUAUGAAGGCCGUGUUUGAAUUUGUGUUUAGUAUAUGCAGAAUGAAUGUGUGCAGGUAUGCAUGUGUGGUAUGAAGGCCGUGUUUGUAUUUGUGUUUAGUAUAUGCAGAAUGAAUGUGUGCGUGCAUGCGUAUGUGCUAGCAUAACACAAGAUAUGCAAAAACAAUGCAAUAACUUUGACUGUGCAACAGUUUCAUUCAGAAAAACAGCUGUACAAAAAUCUAAGAUACAGAGAGAAUAUAUUCACUGUUGUGUGUUACGUUACAGAACUUUAAAUUGAAGAAACCUGUCAUACUUGAAAUCGGGUGCAUUUGAGUAUUGAGUCUUUUGAAAUAAUCUUGUGCGGGUCAGUUUGGUUUGAUGUUUUUUCCUUAGUUGGUUUAAAUUAUCUCUGCAUGAGGAUUAUUUUGGUGUGCCAAGCUUUUAGUAACUUUUUUGUUUGUUUUCAUUUUAAACAUUGAGGAAACAUUGAUGACGAUGAUGAGUCAAAUGGAUCGUGAAGGUGUAAAUACAGAUGGGAGAGAGACACAUCUUGUUGGUGUGAAACUGAUUUUGCAUAUCUUGUGCUCAUCCAGCUGAAAGGUGCAUGAUACGCAAGAGCAGCUCUCUCUAUCACUUUUUUCUGAUACUUUCCCUCUUUCUUUUUUAUCUUUCCAUUCACUCACCGUCCUGUUUUUCAGCAGAAAUCACAGUGAAACCCACACAGGUUAACAGGCUUGUUUUGAUUUUAGACUGUGUGGGUUGUUGGUCAUUUACAGUACAUGAAUUAUCACCAUGUUUGAGGCUGCAAGUAAAAUAUUAGAAAUCCCUUAAAUUUUAUGUGUAAUUUCUCAUGUCUCAUGGACAAUCUGCAUUUUGGGGAGGAUAUUUGAUCUGAUCGGAGAUCAGAGGUUGGAUGUAACUUUGAAUUUUUGUCUCUUGCUGGAGUCUGAAGAAUGGGCCUAGCAGACAGACUCCUCCUCUCCCGUCAUUAGCCAAUGAUUGUAUAUUUUUAUAGACUAUAGUGAAGAAUUAACACAUGAGAAGAGAAAAUAUAAACUCAUCUAUAUCUGCUGAAGGUCAGGGUUAAAAUGGCUACACAAAACAGUGUAUGAGAAUGUAUGUAGUGACUUAUAUGUAUAGAUUUAUGAUAAAUUAAAUUUAUGAUAUAGAGAAAUAUAGAGUAAAUCAUUCGUAUUCACUGCAGUAGCUCCUUUUGAAACUCCAGUUGUACGAUGGCCUAUUAAGCAGGACAGACGGGCAUUUAUUAAGGGAGGAGUGCAAUGAGAUGAAUCAUGUAAUUUAAAACUGCAGGGCUUUUUCAGAGCUGCUUUAUUCAGAUCGACACAUCACAUUGCCCUCUGAUCACCUGCAUAUGAUACUGUCUGGAUAAGCUACAAGCUUUCAUUACACAGUAACAGCCCCUGUAUUGAAUUAAAUGCUGAGUAACAGCAAAUGAAAAGAAGGUGGCUCUACCAGAGCAUUGUUUGCUCAGGACUGGGGUAAAAUGUACCAAAUAUUUGACUUAAUAUUUUAUGGGUUGCUCAGUGAGUUGUUUUUUUUCCCCUUAGAUAAUUUUUUCCAAAUCAUUUAAUUGUAGCUUUUCUUCUCUCAGAGAAUCAGAAGUUAUUUUAGAUAUUUUAAUAUAUGAGAGAUAUUUAUCGGAUGGGGAAUGGUGCAUCAGUCCAUUGAACUCUUGAUUGGUUGUGGCGUGUAUUUCAGUUCACCGUCUGUAGCAGCAGUAAACACACUAAUUUCCCUGAGAAUAAAGUCUAAGUUGUGAAAGUAGGUUACUGAAAGAUCUUGCAUUUUUAUCUUUCUUUCUUUUUGGCAACAUUGCAAGAUUUAAAGCCGUGUUUGGAAAUGUAUAGCCCUUGGAAAAUAGGAAAACAGCCUUUGGUUUUCCAGUAUUAUUGGAAAUGACCCAUAGUAAAUGAGCAGCAAUGGAACAUUAUCAAAAUUCUUCAAAUCCACGACACAUUACAGUAAACCGCAGUACCACUUACCAAGUUAUUUGAAGCAUCUUACUGUAGUUUCUUAAUUUUUAGGGUGAUUGUUUUUAUUUGGAUGAACCCAGUAAUGAAGGAACAUUACCUUUAUAGGAAAGAUUUUUCAAAAUGUUCAGAUUAGUUAGUGGAUUUAUUAAGGACGUCUGUAUUCCAAAUAUUUGGCUGGGCAGUUCUGUGUAUGAUUUUUCUGGGUUCAUGUGUGUUUUAAUGGGAAUUCUGCAUGUGUCAGACUGAAGGGACGUGCUGUGGGGUUGACCUUUGACCCAGAGAUAGCCUGGACAGGUGCAAUGUCUGCCCUCUGGUUUAACCUUUGUGUAGCACGUAUCUCUAAUAUCCUCCUUUUACAUGACUGUUAAUUUGAUAUUAUAAUAAGUUAAUGUAGUACGUUAAUGAGUUUUAAUGAUAAACUAAAAGCUAAGGUGGUGAUGCAAUAAUCACAAUUUGCACAUUUAAACCACAUUUAGUUUGAUACAUCUUAAACAUAAUCCAAGUAAAGGAUGAAUUUAUGCAUAGAUUUUAGAUUGUUGUGUAAAUAUUAAUUUCGCCCUAAGCUCAAAAUGUCAAUCUUGCCAUAGUUUCAUUACGAUAAAUUAUUCAUUAUUAGUAAUUUAUUCAUAAUGAUAAAUUAAUGCAGAUUUGUUUUAUUUUCCUGUAGUAGGUAAGAGAGGUCUUCAGGUGUGUGUUAGCAUUAAUAUCAGUGUUUUUGAUACACUGAUGACAUUUGGAAACCAAAUUCAUGGGUUGGUUUGUAUUAUUGUCUUGUUUUCCAGUACAAAUAUCUAAAACAUCCUUAAAACAAGAUACAUUUACUUGACAAGCAAAACUGUGAGAGAUAAUACAACUUUUUUCAGAGAAUAUAUCUUGAUGUAAGUUUUUUUUUUUUUUUUUUUUUUCUUUAAUGGCAAAUUGUUUAUUGUUUGAAGCAUAAAUCUAACUAAAUUUUGUGAGGUUUGUGCUUAAAACAAGAAAAAAAAAGCAUAAACGUACUUGUUUUAAGGAUAUUUACUAGGCUUGGGAUUGAGGCCUUUUUCACGCAACAAUAGUCAGAAAAUGUUCCUGAAUAUUAUUGAGAUAUAUCGUCAUUUUUUUCAGAUAUAAAUAGGGCUGCUCAUUGCACAAUAGUCUUUGUCUUUUCAAACAUAUUUCUCAACACAACUUUGGUAAAGUGUGAGCGGCAGGGUAAAGGGUGUCGCACACCGAACGCAUCUGGCAGACGCCAUGGCGCGUUCUAAAAUUCGAAAGAACUAUUUUCUCAAAAAGUUACGCACACACUACUGCUGCUGCUACUCGCCAUCUCCAGAGGCUGCUCAGAAUUCUGCAGCAUACAGCAUGCUGCAUUGCAUUGCAUAGUUUCCUAUUAAAUGCGACCCAAAUCAUUAUCAAAGGACAUAUAUUAUUUACUCUAGACAUUACCGGAUGAUAUAUUGUGUAUAAGUAUCUUUCAUAUAGCCUACACAAUGUAUUUUGACAGCUUGAAUGAAAGACCUGUUCAAGGCUACAUACAGAGAAAGUGCAUAAUAAUUUCUAAUCAUUCAGUUUGCGCAGUUACACUACUUUUAUACACUAAUCUGCAAACUCAUCCAUGUCACUUUGUUUAUUCCUGAAGAAGUACAAAAACCUUCGUAACAUUUGUGUGUAGAUUCACAGUGACUAGAUUCAAUGUGACGUGUGUGACUCGAUUCACAGUUUGGACUUGUUUGCCAUGUCUUAUCUGCGACUGGCUUCAGUAAAUGUUAUAUCACCUUCUUCUGGUCUUCCAAUGCUAUUAUGACAGACUACAUUAAACAAGGCCAAAUGACAGUGAAUUAGAAAGCAUGCUAAUUUAAAUGUCAUAUGCCGAUAAUAAUGUGCUGAUCAAUAAUCAAUAUUUUAUGGCAUGCCUAAUAUUUCCAUAUUUUACUGGAAAACAAGACAAAAAUACUGAAUAAGAAAAUGAUCACAGAAUGCAGAAGAUUUUAUCUAAACCAGUCAGAGGCUUUUGAGUGGCAUUUCCCUGCCUCAGGUUCCACCUAGCGAAUGUAGCACUAGAGAAAGAAAGAGAUGGGUGGAACAGUAAAGAUUUUAACCUCUAAAAGUUAAUAUGAGACCAUAUUGCACAAAUUUCCAUGUAAGACUGAAGUGAACAUAUUUUUACAUCCUGCUUGCUUUCAGCAGAGAAGGGGGUAAUACUUUGCUUGAUCAGGUUGAGUGCAUCGUUGGGCUGGGCGAUAUGUAAAAAUUAUUUUAUCGAUAAUUGCUUAAAAAACAUUGCGAUAUCCGAUUGCAUCGUCAACCCCCCUGCCGAGGGUCGGUGAAUUUUUUUGCUUUAUUGAUUUUGCUUUAAAGAUUUAAUUCAUUCAUUGAAACACGAAAAACAUAGAAGACAUGUCUAAAUUCAAAUUGCACUUUAAACUAAAUGAAAAAAGCAAUAAAAUAACGAAGUGACCAAAAAAUCUCAUUUAACCACCUUAUUUAAACAUUUACAGUCUCCAACGGCUCCAUUUGCCAUCACACAAGCAUCCGCCAAUGACACCAGGUGGAAAAUUACUAAUAGCCUACAGAUUAAGAACUAAAGACAAUCAUAAAUGUAAAGUUAAUAAUAAUCAUAAUAAUAAAGCCUAAUAAAUUCCCUUGUGUUCCUAAAAUAAUGCUGCCAAAUGUGUGUUCUUAUCGAAUUUGUGUUUGUUUUGCGUUUUGGUAAUACAGUUAAUGCUGCCUAAAGAAAAAAAAAUAGAACUCAAUUUUAGGUUCAAUGUGAACGUGUCUUGUAUUAUUUUAUGAUUUUAAUCACUUUCAUCUUUGUUUCUUUAAUACAAAGAUAUAUAUUACUGAACCUGCAGAGUUGCAUUCACAAUGUAUGCCAACCACGUGGAAAUAAAGCGAACUAAACUCAAAGCACCUCCCGAGAUAAUCUGAGAUAAUUUGCAGCAUUCUCAUAUAUGACAUUAUUAGUUUUCAGACGGAUGAAACAAGAAAAAAAUAGUAAAAACUCUUUACAUAUGCUUGUUCCACAUGACAGGCUCGUGCUGCACGCCUCUGAACAAACAGCGAAUCAGAUACGAGCAAUGUCGGCUUUUCUUUUGUCUGUUCUUAAAAAUAUAAUAAAGUGUGUUAUCUUCAAGCACGCGUCUUUGUGGCUAACAGCAUUUCUUGUCAUGUGUCACUCCGAGAUGUCGCCCGCCUGUUGCGGGUAGAUACAAAAUUACCCGCGCAAUACAUUUGGACGAGGAACUUGUGAACUGGAUUCAGCCUCGUCAAAUUUUGCGGGUGGCGGGUGCUUUUUUCACACCCUGGCCACUGUUUAAUAUAUUUGCCGACUUCCCUGAGCCAUGGUUUUGCCAUUUCCCAGUAUUGUCGAUCAUCGUCUGUUUGCAAUCGGCAUCGGGAUCUUUGUAAGACAUCGUCGAUAUCCGAUAACAUUGUCCUAUCGCCCAGCCCUAGUGCAUCGAGCUCUGGGCUUGAUUUGUUGGAUCUGGCCGAGUUGCUUUUUGUCUGGUUGGUUCCCUCUUUCUCUAAUGGGUGGAAGGACUGAGGGAGAUAAUUCCUUGACAGCACCUUAAAGAGCUUUCUUUCUUUCAGCCUAGAGCAGAUGUUAAAGAAAACGUUAUAGAAACUAUAAUCAGUGUUACACUAUUUUUCCUGCGGUCGGGGCUGAUUUGGUUCAUGUUUAACUAGUAAUGAUGACUCAUCGCACACAAAGGGAGGAAUCUUUGAACAGAUCGUCUCUGUUGCUUUAUUUUGAUGACCACAUGAGCAGCUUUAGUAGUUUUUAUUACGUCGGUGCGGAUGGGAUAUAUAGUCUCGAGGUCCUGAGUUUGUUAGAUUUAUGAUUUGAAUUAAACAAAAUUAGAUGCGUGUCAUGCUUUUGGUAGAAUUCGAAGGCAUCCGUGCUGACCAUUCAGGUCUCUCACGAAACACCAUCAGAGGUCAUUCACAUUUUGGAAUAUUUAAUCAACUUUUGAGCCCAGGUGUUAUUGAAACCUCAGUGAGACGUCUGCAUGGUCUGUCUUUCCCUCCUCUGCUUUUGCUGAGGCUCUUGUUUCAUUUCCAUCAUUCUUUCAUUUGUUCAUUUAGAUUUUAAAAGAAACGCUACAUAAAUCUGAAGAUUCAAUCACUUUUUCUACUCCUAUUUUCAAAUAAAAAGUGAAAAGAAAAACCAACAAAAAAAUUGGAUUUGUAAAUAAGUGAUUGUACAGUUUGUAUCUGUAUCUGUCAGUCUGUCUUUGGUGACAGAGUGUGUCUUGCUUAUAACGCACGCUACCAGUAAAUAAAAACUAAAAAAAUAUCUUUAGAUUGUAUGGUUCUUGACAAGAAGUUUUAAAUUAAUCUCUGCUGUAUAUUCCUGUAAUAUUGCAUUUUUAUCUGAGGAAUGAUGUUAUUAAACAAUUGCAAAUAAAAUGAAUUUCCUAA